GCAAUCCGCUUCCGUGCAUCACACCCAUCUAGAGCACGAAGGUCUUCUCUCUAGGGCUGUUUCUUCCCUUUCUUGGCCGACCCCCACUAGCGUGCGGACGAUCGCGAUCAACAUACAUCAAGGGCUGGAGUUUUUGCCACCGAGCUUGCGACAAUCAGAUAUACUAGCAAUUUACUUCUUGCCACCAGCAGAAGGCAUCCAUGGCGGCUGCAGAAGAUAACAGCUCGCUAUUCCCAAUCUUCAUUUUGACUAUAAUGGCACUGCCACUGGUGCCUUAUACAAUUCUCAGGUUAUGUCAUGCUGCCUCUAAAAGGACUAAGAGCAUCCACUGCCAGUGUUCCAUAUGCUUUCGUUCAGGAAAGUACCGCAAAUCAAUAUUUAAACGGAUCUCAAAUUUCUCCACGUGGAGUAACUUGACAAUUGUGCUGCUCUGGGUCAUCAUGGGGUUUCUGAUUUAUUAUAUUAAACAUAUAAGCCGCGAGGUUCAACCAUUUGAGCCAUUCGAUAUUCUUGGAUUAGAGCCUGGAGCUUCAGAUUCAGAAAUAAAGAAGGCUUACAGAAGACUCUCCAUUCAGUACCACCCUGAUAAAAAUCCAGAUCCUGAGGCACACACAUACUUUGUGGAGUUUAUAUCCAAGGCAUAUCAAGCUCUGACAGAUCCAAUAUCUCGUGAGAAUUUUGAAAAAUAUGGCCAUCCAGAUGGCAGGCAGGGGUUUCAAAUGGGAAUAGCUCUCCCUCAAUUCUUGCUUAACAUUGAUGGGGCAUCUGGUGGGAUACUUUUGCUUGGGAUUGUUGGAGUUUGUAUUCUUCUACCCUUGAUGAUGGCAGUUAUAUAUCUUUCAAGGUCGUCAAAAUAUACUGGGAAUUAUGUCAUGCAUCAAACGUUGUCCACAUAUUAUUACUUUAUGAAACCUUCAUUGGCCCCAAGCAAGGUUAUGGAUGUAUUCAUUAAGGCUGCAGAAUACAUGGAAAUCCCUGUCCGUAGGAGUGAUGGAGAACCCCUUCAGAAACUGUUCAUGAUAGUUCGGAGUGAGUUGAACCUGGACCUUAAGAACAUUAAGCAAGAGCAAGCAAAGUUUUGGAAGCAGCAUCCAUCCCUAGUCAAGACAGAAUUAUUGCUUCUGGCCCAAUUAACUCGCGAGUCAGGGGCUUUAUCUUCAACUCUUCAGGGCGAUUUCAAACAUGUGCUAGAACUUGCACCGCGCCUCCUUGAAGAACUCAUGAAGAUGGCUGUUAUACCACGCACUCCUCAGGGACAUGGAUGGCUGAGACCUGCGAUUGGGGUGGUGGAACUUUCUCAGAGCAUUAUUCAGGCUGUUCCUCUCAGCUCGAGAAAAGCUGUUGGAGGAUCCACCGAAGGCAUUGCACCCUUUUUGCAGCUGCCACAUUUUAGUGAGGCCAUUGUUAAAAAGAUCGGUCGCAAGAAGGUGCGGACAUUUCAAGAGCUACGAGACAUGACCUCCCAGGAGCGUGCUGAGUUGCUCACUCAAACUGCAGGGUUCUCUGAUGCCGAAGCAUUUGAUGUAGAGGUGGUCCUUGAAAUGAUGCCUUCCAUAACUGUUGACAUUGCAUGCGAAACAGAAGGUGAGGAAGGAAUACAAGAGGGAGACAUCGUUACAAUGCAUGCGUGGGUAUCCCUCAAGCGUGGGAAUGGCCUUACAGCUGCCCUUCCCCAUGCCCCCUAUUUUCCUUUCCACAAGGAAGAGAACUUCUGGUUGCUGCUUGCGGACCCCGUCUCGAAUGAUGUUUGGAUGUCUCAGAAGGUGAGCUUCAUGGAUGAGGCGGCUGCUGUUAUGGCAGCCUCAAAGGCGAUCCAAGAGACGAUGGAGGGUUCACAAGCCAGCGCGAAGGAAAUAAGCUCUGCAGUGAGAGAAGCAGUUGAGAAAGUAAGGAAUGGGUCGAGGUUGGUCAUGGGUAAAUUCCAGGCGCCUGCGGAGGGGAACUAUAACCUGACCUCCUAUUGCAUGUGUGAUGCAUGGAUUGGGUGUGAUAGAAAGACGAGCUUGAAAAUAAAGGUUCUGAAACGGAGUCGGGCGGGGACAAGGGGACCUGUGGCGGAGGAGGGUCCUGCCAUGGAUGAUGGGGCUGAGGAGGAAGAUGAAGAGGACGAAGUAUAUGAUGAUUACGAGAGCGAGUACAGUGAAGAUGGUGAAGAUGGAAUACAGGAGAAGAAAACUGGCAAGUUGGCCAACGGCAAUGCGCAUGAGAAAGGUGGUUCAAGUACUGAAUCUUCGGACAGUGAUGAAGAGUGAGGCUUGAAAGCCUUUCCUCUUCUUCCUUCUAUGACAUUGAAAAAAAGAAAAAGAAAAUAUCAGAAGCCAUCUGUCUCAACUCCUGUACAUCUUUAUAUAUACUUUUUUGCUUUAUUACAUGAUGAAUAAGCUAUGGGUUCUACGCA